AUGGAUCCCCCACCCACUGCACCACCCAUGGCUCAGCCGUAUUCCCCAGGGCAAGCGAUGUAUCCACCGGCGUACCCCCCGGGUCAGUAUCCAGUGGUAACUCAACAACCGGCACCGUAUGCACAACAGACUAGCAACACCACUGUAGUGUUGAGUCAACAACAAGUAGUGUUGAAACAGGGACAACGGAAUUGGAGCUCUGGAUUGUGUGGUUGCUUUGAGGACUGUAGCUCUCGUAAGUAUUCUUUAAGCGGCACUCAAAUGAGUUAAUGUGGCGUUAAUAAUAGUAACUAAUUCACCUUCGCGUAAAAGCCACCCUAUGCCUUUUGAUGGAUAAGUUAUGGGUAAAAAAUUUUGCAUAAGGCAUAGGGAGAGCUGAUAGAGAAAAUUUGCCAGCGUCGCUGAAGAGGAGGAGGGUAGGGAAACUUGCUUGUCCGUUGUAGAUUAGACUUUCGAGAAGACGGCGAAUUUGUUUGCUAGAGCAUAUAAAAGGCCUAGGGAAUUUCCCUGGGUACCGUAAAGGACUAAUAGACUGCUUUACAAGGGAGCACGCAGUAAUCUAGUUGAUUAAAUCGUGAAGCGGCGGCUUUUACACGAUUGAGAAUAGUUAUAACUUUAUUUAUCAAGCGUUAGUAUUUCUUGCUCGAAUGUACUCAUUGAGGGCAGUAUUCAGUCGGUCGACCGUAUUCAGUCACGUAUCCUAAUAGAUACGGCUCCGCCAUUUUUACUUGGUUAUAUCCUUGUCACGUGAAGCGGUUUAUCCGUUUCCAAACCAUAGACAAUACCUUCUUCCUCAGUUUUCUUAAGACCCCAAGUAUUGGUCCAGAUCCGGAAAUCGAAUCCGCGACUUCCUGCUCUGCAAACAAACGCUCUUACCUGAGCUAACUCAACCACGUUUAUUUUAUUUUGUUUGUGUUUCAAGUGUGUAUGGGCCUUUUCUGUCCUUUCUUCCUGCUGACUGAUGUUUCGUCCAGGAUGGGUGAAGGAUGUUGCUUUCCUUGCUGUUGCCCAGGUGCACUGUUGGGACUCAGGAUCAAGCUGAGGGUGCAGGAGAAUAUUCAGGUAUUCGAGAGGUUUCAAGAGCUUAAAGAACAACCUCUUUCUAGGGGACGAGUUUGCUUUAAGGAGCUUUGUCCCACAUCUAUGAAAAUUAAAUAAAACCAUUUAAUAAAAAGAUGCCACCAAAAUGAAUUGAAUGAAAUAUGAAAAUAACCAAUCCAUCAAAACAGUAAAAGAACAUUUAAAUAACACUGCAGAAAACCUUUUUCACAGCACCCACUUGUAAAGCACUGUGCAAACCUGAGAAACCAACUUAUUAAGCCCUAAAUUUUAUGUUUGAGGCUUUAAGGCGCUCUAGUGAAGUGUGUUCUCGAAUCUUAAUAUGUGAUUAUUACAUUACGGGAGCAGUCUGAUUUAGCCACUACUGCAAAAUUGUGGCAUUAUAACUUUUCUUUAAUAUAUUUGUUAAUUAUCGCCUUGACCACACCUUUAGACUUAAAAAGAACCUUUCACUUUGAAAGGAGGUAUUGAGAGCCAAUUUUCGUGAAGAGACAAAAAACUAAUUAUUAAGUUUUUCACUAUUUUUUGUAUCAACGGCCAGAGUUCUCUAUAAGAGAAUAAAGAAACAAUACCAAAUAGUUGCGUCUACAACUGCCGUGAUGGUCUUUCAUUUAAUUCUUCACCCCACAUUUCCUGUAUAUGAUUUUCAUAUAAUCAUUAUUUUAAUACCAAAAACAGGAUAAUUCACCCAUGACUGACUUCAUUUCAUCCACUUGCAGGGCACCCUUUUUGACGAUUAUUGUGCGGUUGAGUGUUGUCCACUUUGUGUUCUCUGUCAGCUGGCCCGUGAGCUUAAUCAUGUUCAACGUCGCGGUUAA